AUGAAGAGGGGUUCUACUUUGAGCAACAAGAGUUGCACAUUCUUGGGUGCAUUGGUCGUGUUGAUGUUGAUAAUACAACAAGGGAGUGCAGGCUUGUACUCGUGUUGGGGAGGGUGUCUCAACGAAUGUUUUCUUUUUAGUAGCAAAAGAAUAGGCGAAAGUUUUCCAUGUUAUGUUAAUUGUUUCUUGGGCAAGUGCCUAUCUCAACCACCAGGCCAGACUAGUCUCGGAACACCUCCCCGUUUGGUUAAUCACCCAUCACCAUUGCAUGCACCUUCACCCUCUGAUUCAGAAGCAUAUCAAGAUUAUUUCAUCGAUAAAGCAUAUGAAAUCCAUCGCUAUCAUCUACACAAUUGCAUAAAAGAUUGCUCUCUGCAAACUUAUUGGUUUGCCACUAAUGGUGAGAAGGACAUAAAAGGUUGCCUAACAAGAUGUAUAAACAAAUGUACCGAUUUGAACAUUUGA